CUUCCCCAUCUGCCUUUUAAAGAACUGCCUGUGCCCGCCUGGUAAACUCGCUUUCCCCCUCCCCUCCCCUAACUUUCACCAUUACUCAUGAUUAUACUAUCAAUAACCUGAAUUCCUUAUUUCAAAUCAUUUCUUAUAUCAGAGCCCAAUCCAAUAAUAAGGUUCAUCCAUACCAACUCCUGUUCAACUACGAUCACGAGCCCUCGACGUUUCCAGACUCUUCUCGGUGCCAGACUAAGCCUCUUCUUCGUUCCCACCGAUCACUUCCGCCCACUUCCCAAGCGUUAUCGAGACCAUCUCCCAGGGAACUCUCGGAUCUUGACCCGUCGGAAUUUCACACUAUAAAAAGAGCGCGCCAUCCCCCGGUGGCAAACUCCCUCUUACCCACUCGACUGACGUCCCCCCCCAAUACGUGAUACCAUAAUGCUUAUGUACCCACGUAAGGGUCUCAUCACCGAUCCAUUCUAUCCCGAGGACUGCAUCAUACAAGACGAACAAUAUUCCGAAUCCUUCGAGAACGCUCUCCAAUAUCAACAGCAGCACUACCAGCAACAGGCGUGCUUGCAACCACCUUUCCAUUACCAAUCAACCCAGCAAUUCAAUCAUCUCGGCCAGCUGAACCAGUUCGCCUCUCCGCCCUCCUCCGCGCCCUCGUCACCCACCUUCUCCUCUCCAACCUUUUCAAUUCCCUACCCUCCGACGACGACGGCGGCCGAUAGCCAGUCUUUCGGGGCUCCUUCGAUGACCCCGGCGUCUUCCUAUAACCCGUCGUUUGACAUUCAGGGCUCUGCUUCACCAUCAUCGCAGUAUAUUCCACAAUACUCACAAUAUUAUACACCAAUGUUGGCGCAACAACAACCGAUCACCAGCAACCAGGGCUGGGAUAGCAAUUUGCAGUUGUUGAGCCCCGCUCGCAUUCCAUUCCCCCAAAAGGCCUCUCCCAGCUCAGCUUCCUCCCGCUCCGCCCCUUCCGGUCCUAACAAUAACGGCCAUCGACGAUCAGAUAGCUCAUCGAAGCCACUGCCCACCCCGGUGCAAACUCCCGUCCAGAACUCUUUCCUCACGGCUCCUUUCCAGAACUACGAACCAUCCUCUUGGGAUGCGAGUAAUGUGGACGCAGAGUCGGCUAUGAGGAAGGCGAUUAUGGACCAGCGGCAAAAGCAUCAGACUUCCCCCGCGCAGCAACAACAGCAGGGCGAUUACUCUCUGGCUCCUUCAGUCUCAACUAUCAGCCACAACUCCCCUGUGACCCCACAGACCAGUUUGGAUGAGCUGGAUGAUUCCAAGGCGAUGAGCAAUGGUGAGAUUCAAUUUUCUGACCUUGACUACUGGACGAACGAGUACUCACGCUUUGACCCGGCUCCAGAUUACGCUGGUAACAACGGUGGCAUGAUUGGCAUUCCCAAGUUGAACCGCACCAUUUCCGAUAUCUAUCAGGACGAACUCUUCAACCCCACCAUUAUGGCCGCCCCGCAGCAAACGAUGAAGCCGAUGAAUUCGAACCUUAUGAACCCGCGCAACGUCAUGGCCGACCGAUUGCAGGCCGCUAACCAGGGUCACCUGUCUGCACGGUCUGGAUCUCCGGCUUUGGGCAUCAAGCGCGAUCGAUCCCCCUUCCGCCAGACUUCCCCCUUUGCCGGUGAUUUGCAAAUGGCAACUAGCGUGCCCAUGCCUCAGAACCUCAUGAGCAUGGCUCCCUCGACCGGCAGCCAGACCGAUCUCAAGACCAUGUCCCCCAAGGAUGCGGUGUUGGAUUUGGAUGAAGGCGCGGAUGCCGCGAUGCCCCCGCUCUUCCCACCGCAGCAGGCCGAUUUCAACUUGGGCGAUGCCCUCGGCCUGCGCCGUGAGAGCUCGGGAUCCAUGCGCCAGGCCAUGUCUACAAUGGAGGCUUUCCCCAGUCAGUACGCAAGUGUCCAACAGCCUCAGUUUUACCAACAGGCCCGUCCGCAGUCAAAUCUCUUGCAGCAGACUCCAGACUUCCCUGCUUCGCUUCCGCGAUUGGAAUCUACGGGCAGCGACUUGCAUUCGGGUACUAUGACUCCUCAGGCCAAGUUGCCGAUCAAUGAAAGCAUCGUUCGGCCCAACAACACUUCUUCUGAUGGAGGUACCUACACUUGCACCUACCAUGGUUGCUCUCUCCGCUUCGAGACUCCCGCCAAGCUUCAGCGACACAAGCGUGAGGCGCAUCGCCAGACGACCCCUGGCGGUCACCUGAUUACUCGGGAUACUUCGCUUCGCAACUCGCAGGCUGGUCCUCACAAGUGCGAGCGGAUCAACCCAUCUACUGGCAAGCCAUGCAACUCGAUCUUCUCUCGGCCCUACGAUCUUACUAGGCACGAAGAUACGAUUCACAAUGCGCGCAAACAAAAGGUGCGAUGCCAUCUCUGCACGGAAGAGAAGACCUUCAGUCGCAAUGAUGCAUUGACCCGACACAUGCGUGUGGUGCACCCCGAAGUGGACUGGCCUGGCAAGCAACGACGCCGGGGAAGGGACUGAAGCUUCCGCCAGCAGCAUCACCAUGACGAAUGAGAGCAAUCAUGCAAACCCUUUUUUCUCUCCAAGAAGGCUCCCGUGACGUCAGACCCACUCCCGAUUGAGCAUUGGCCCCACAUCUAUCCAGAUCGUCGGUAUUCCUCUCCGUUUCGGGACUCGCUCCCUACCGGGGGUGGGGGAUGGGAUUGCGGCCUUGUGGCCUGAACCCCAUUCCGCCAGUGACAAACUGAAUAUCUCCCCCGACCUCCACUGACGUCAUUGCCGUCUCUCUCCUUCGGUUGACGUCGAUCGUACGUCGUUGAUCGAAUACCGCUGCACAGAGAUGACGCAUCUAUCCUACGAGAUGCUCACAUCGUCCCCCCUCCAUUAUGCUCCUGACGUGUGCAGGGUGUCCUUGGCCCCAUUCGAUUCACUUCUGAUCCAUGCCCCAUCCCGGCAUUUUUUGGCUUGUCUUGACGCAUUGGACCACACUCGAAAACACCAAAAAGCAUGUUGUAUUUUGGGCGUAUGGGGACUGUCUUGUGUUUUUCUCUUGCUCGCGGCCUUUUCAUGUCUGUUACGAAACCCCAUUACUGUAUACAUAUCAUCCCCAUUUUUGGUUUUAUUUUUAAAGUUCUAUGUUUGCGUGGCUUGUUUAUCCUUCCCCUUUGGUUUUUUUUGACCAUUGUACGAUUUGACGAUCUUCCCUGCAUUGGUUGGUGCUUUUUGUCUUUUGGUGGGGUUUGUAUAUGGGUGGUUGAUUUGAUUUUUUCCGUGGCUAUCAUUAUCACUGUCACAUUGUCAUUGCCUUUAUGCGCGUCUGUUCUUGGCUUUCUCUGUUGCACUGUACAGUCUUGGGUUUUGACUGUCUCCGAGAAAAUGUAUAUUAUGGACUCGACGAUGGAUAUGAUGUAUACUUAUGAUAGAACUUGUGGAAACAACUCAAAUAACCAUGAUAUCAAUAUUUUC